AAGUAAAAUAAAAUUAGGUUUUGCACCCACUGUGACCCGAUUCUUCUAGAUUGUUUUUUUUUCCCUCUUUUUAGCACAACGCUACCAAGACUUUACUCCUAUCUCUGCGUAUCAUAGCCGCUCUCUCAACUUUCUCUUCAUUCUUCUCUAAGGUACCAAUUAAUUUGUACUCACAAUUACCUACAAUUUUUUGGUUCUUACUAGUAUCUAAUUUCUUUUACGAUCUGUGUAUAAGAUCUAAUUUAUUUUGCGCUGUCUGAAGCUUUAAUUAUUAAUUAGGGCAAUUGGUGAUUUGGGGUUUGAUAAAAAUGUGAAAUUGACAUACCCAUGUUCUUUUCUUGAUUUAUUUCUCUUGAGAAAAUUAUCUGUACUAUCUGUGUUUCAAUUUGUACUUUAUUGGCCGAUAAAAUAGAAGAUAAAUGAUUUUUACUCAAGGUAUCCCGUGUAAUUGGAUUUGCUACACUUGGUAUGUCGUUGUUUAUCCUGUGUAAUUGGUCGAGGUCGGUGCGGACACUACGUUCUUUAAAAAUAAAGAUAACGAUUUUUCUCUAUUGAUCGCUGGAUCCCAUAUUUUUCAAGAGGAAUAAAGAACUCACCUCAUGUUAGUGUUGAAGAAUGACUCAUGUAUCUUUGUUCUCUCGAUAUUAUAUAUUCUUGGCUAUAUUGGUGAUGUGCACAAUUUGAUGUGGUGAACAGUAUGCUAAGCAGUUAAGUAGUUAAUACUGAUGGGUAUUAUUAACUAAGUUAGAGGUGAUAGAUUGGGACUGUGGGCUUGUGAGUUCUUUUUCUUGUUUGCAUAUGAUUAAUCUGUACAAAUUUAGAAAUAUUUGUCCACGUUCCACACAUAGGAAGGAUGUUCAUUUCUUUAUUGGUGUCUGCCAAAUGGUAGGGUUUACAAAAUGAUUUUGGUGGUUGAUGUGCUUUCUGUGUAGGACAUAAAAGCAAAUUGUUCAAACUCAUGAACUUUGUGACAAAUUGGAGUAUACUAUUAUUAAGAUACUAUGUAGAGGAUUAUGUUGUUCAAGAUCUGUCCCAUUGAAUUGUAUUUUCAUUCUUUGUUCUUGAUGAUUAUAUAGAGCUCUUUACUUGUUUGUCUAAGCUUAUUAUUGUCCGAGGCAGACAAAAUGGAUCUAAUAUUGUAGUCCACAUAAGCAUGGCCGAUAUCAUAACUGAGUUAACCUUUCUGUGCACCUGUUGUGGCUCUUGGCUUGACUUCGCGCCUCUCUCUUUCCUCCACAAUCUCUGUUUCUCUCUAUUUCUUUUUCAGUAGCAGCAAUCUGUUUCAGAAAUGUCGGAGGAAGACGAAUAUCGUUGUUUUAUCGGUAACUUGUCAUGGUCAACUUCUGAUCGAGGAUUAAAAGACGCAUUUGAGAAGUUCGGCAAUCUUGUUGAUGCAAAGGUUGUACUUGACAAGUUCUCUGGCCGAUCUCGUGGAUUUGGUUUUGUUACGUUUGAUGAUAAGAGAGCAAUGGAAGAUGCCAUUGAAGCAAUGAAUGGAAUGGACUUAGACGGUCGUGCUAUUACUGUAGACAAAGCCCAGCCUCAACAAGGUUCAGGUAGAGAUUUUGAUAAUGAUCGACCUCGUGACCGUGACCGUGACCGAGAUCGCGGUCGUGAUCGCGAUCGUGGUGGCCGUGAUUAUGGAGGUGGGCGGGGAUCUGGUGGAGAUUGCUAUAAUUGUGGUAAGCCAGGACACUUUGCCAGAGAAUGCCCUAGUGAAGGAGGUAGAGGUGGUCGGUAUGGCGGCGGUGGUGGUAGAGGUGGACCUGACAGGAACGGAGAUCGAUAUGGUAGCCGCAGCAGCAGAGACGGCGGUGGUCGUGAUGGAGGUGAUCGUUAUAACCGUGAUCGCUCUGGGCCAUAUGAUCGUCGCAGUUCUGGAGGCUAUCGAGGCUGAUGCUUUAAAUUGUGCUGAAGAGUUAAGAGUCCUACAAGCUGGAUGCAAAUGAUUUGGUGUAUGUCUAUUUGGUGCCUUGUUUCCCUGGCCUGUCAGCGGAAUCGUUUGAGCUCUUGAGACCUGGCUGUUAUAAACUACUUUCUAUGUCCGUAAAUGUUCGAUAACGUGGUUUUAUUGGGAUCUUAUGCUUGCUUACUUUGCAAAUUUGAAUAUGGCCUCACACUUUUGAAUGGCACUGUGGUUGCUGGUUAUUUGCUUACAUGGUUUGGAAAUUUGAAAACUGUUGUUUGAUGCUGGA